UUUCCUCAAGACUGUAAUUUUUUACAGAAAAUAAGUUUGAUGGGCCUCUUUAGUCUUUAUAUUUCUAUAACAAGUGUAGAAAGUGGAGAGAGAGGAACCAAAUAAAUAAUCAUUUAUGGAAUUAAUAAACCUUACUAGGAGAGAGUUCUACAUAUAAAAAUUGAUGAUGACAUUGUGGAGGCAGCUCAUGACCAAUUUGGCUUCUGACAAAAAAAAUAAAUAAAAAGAAUUAAGGCAACCGCCCUGCCUAAAAACUGAUGCACGUUUAGCAGCUUCUUUGGUCGUCUCAAUAGCUUGAGAAUCUCCACUUUGCAGAGUCCCUUUAGCACAUUUGAUGCUUAUCUUGUCACUUUCUUCCCUCUGGCAAAACGCCAGCAGCAUCUCUUGUCCUUCUGGGAUUAUAACAAGAUAAAUGAAACCUAAAUUUCCAAGACAAAUCGGUGAACCCAAAUCUUUUUACUAUCUUAUUGCUGCUUCCCAAACCAAGGAGUGAGAGUAAAAGGCAUGGAGGUGACCAAUAGGUAUGUUGUAACCAAGGCGUAUAUAGAUGGUGCACCAAAAGAGAGUGAAUUUGAGCUCAAAUCUGAAGCUAUUUCUCUGUUGCUUGAGCCUGGAUCAAAUGAUGUUAUUGUUAAAAAUCUUUAUGUUUCCAUUGAUCCUUACCAGCUUAACCGAAUGAAGAGUCGGAGUUCAUCACAGACACAUUCCAGUUUUGCAACUGCAAUUAAUCCUGGAGAUGUUAUUGAUGCUUAUGGAAUAGCAAAAGUUUUGGCUUCAGGGAAUCCUGAAUUUCAAAAGGAUGACUUGGUUAUUGGACUCAUUACUUGGGGAGAAUAUAGUGUAAUCAAACCCGGUGCCAUGCUAAGGAAAUUUGAUCCUAUGAGAUUUCCAAUGUCACACCACGUAGGCAUUCUAGGAUUUAGUGGACUAACAGCCUAUGCCGGAUUAUUUGAAGUAUGCAAGCCAAAGAAGGGUGAAAAAGUGUUUGUAUCUGCUGCUUCAGGAUCAGUCGGAAAUUUAGUCGGACAGUAUGCCAAACUGUUCGGUUGCUACGUUGUUGGCUGUGCCGGAAGCAAAGAAAAGAUAGCAAUGCUAAAAGAGAAACUUGGCUUUGACGAUGCAUUCAAUUACAAAGAAGAAACUGAUUUGAAAGCAACUCUCAAAAGGUAUUUUCCUGAUGGGAUUGACAUAUACUUCGACAAUGUUGGGGCUGAAAUGCAAGAGGCAGCAAUAGCUAAUAUGAAAAUAUUCGGUAGGGUAGCAGUUUGUGGAGUGAUUUCCGAGUAUACAGAUAGUGGAAGAAAAGCUGCACCUGAAAUGAUAGAUGUUGUGUACAGGAGAAUCAAAAUCCAAGGGUUUUUAGCUGCUGAUUUCAUGAAUGUAUAUGCAGAUUUCAUUUCAACAACCUGUGAUUAUCUUCGUGCUGGCAAGAUGCACGUUCUUGAAGAUAUCUCAACUGGUGUAGAGAGCAUUCCCACAUCAUUAAUUGGACUUUUUAGAGGUCAUAACAUUGGGAAGAAGAUGGUUCAAUUAGCAGCAGAGUAGUUAUUGUUUGAUUGCAAGUCUACAAAAUUUUCCAGUCCAUUUUGUGGGUUUUUUGUUGGCUAAUUAAGUUGUGUUGUUGAGUUCCAUGUCAACUAUUUCAUCAGAAAAUCCAAUAAAAAUAACUGCUGAUAAUCUUUGUGGCCAUUGUCUGCAACUGCAAUAUCUUUUCGUCUGAAACUGAAAAGCUUAUGUUUAUCAAUGUUCAGUGAAAACUUGUACAUGUUGCAUAUAAAUAGCCAUCAGAAUGUCAAUAAAUAUUUGUUACACAAA